GUCACCUGCAACACUCUUCCUUCCUUCUCCAUUAUUCAAACCCGCGUUCUUUUUCCUUUGCCCAUCACCCCCGUCCCCCCACCCCCACCCUACCCCUCACCCGCCACUGCUACAUAUACUUUCCACCCAGAUCUGCCAAUUUCCUGCUCCUCGACGCUUUUAACCAUGUACAGAUAAACCUUGCCAGUGAAGGAGCAGGCAUCUUUGCGCGUGUCCCAUUCCCUUCUCCAACAACUUGUUAUUACUUUUAUGAUUCUAUAAUAAUACAAUCUGUAGUAUAAAUAUAUUAGCCAUGGAGGUUAAGCUAUGGAAUGAUAACCGCGAAAGAGAAAUGUAUGAAAAUUUUGCGGAGCUGUUUGCCAUUUUUAAAGCCACAGAGAAGCUGGAGAAGGCCUACGUCCGGGACAUCAUACCCCCAUCAGAUUAUGAGAACGAAUGCCAGAAACUGAUUGCUCAGUUUAAGACACUGUCCUCAGGAUUGAAGGACAUGGUCCCAAGCAUUGAACGGUUCCACGAUACCUACAAACUGGACUGCCCUUCAGCCCUGAAUAGGCUUGUCACUUCAGGGGUACCUGCCACAGUUGAGCACCGCGCAGCAGCAGCCAUGUCGGCUUCCACUUCAGCUGCGGUGGUGGCUGAGUGUGUGCAGAACUUCAUCACAGCCAUGGACUCACUGAAGCUGAACAUGGUUGCCAUUGACCAGGUCCAUCCCCUGCUCUCCGAAUUGUCGUCCUCACUCAACAAAUUGUCCAUUUUGCCCCCUGACUUUGAAGGGAAGACCAAGAUGAGAGAGUGGCUGGGGAGGCUGUCGAAAAUGGGGGCCGCAGAUGAGCUGACCGAGCAGCAGUCUCGCCAGCUGCACUUUGAUCUCGAGUCUUCGUACAAUUCGUUCAUGGCUGCUCUGCCGUCUGCUGGGAGUUAGAUGGUGCGAUUAUUAUGUUUUGGUCAUAAAAUGUUUGUUCUGAUUUGCUGUUUGUUUGGACUGUCUCCUUUUAGGUCAAUUGUAGCGUGUACCAUUCUGUCUAUAUAUGCAGUUUAUGCACUUUGUUACUAACUCUUUGAAUGGCUUAAAUACUUACCCAAGUUCUUUAAUGGCUAAAAUACUUAUUAUGUUAUCAAUUAAUGUUAGCGUUUUAG